AUGGGAGAUGAGAAAAUAAAAGUUGAAAUAAGAGAAUUCAAUGAAGAAAAUAGAGACAUAGAAAUGGUGGAGAAACUUGAGAGAAGCUGUGAAAUUGGAUCUAAAUUAAGAGGAGCCUCCAUUUUCACCAAUAUGAUGGGUGAUCCUCUUUGUAGGAUUAGAUUUUUCCCUCUUUAUAUUAUGUUGGUGGCUGAACUGCCGGAAAAGGGAGAGAUUGUGGGAGUGGUUAGAGGCUGUAUUAAGUCUUUGGGGACUGCCGGUGCCGGCGUCGGUACCGGAGAAGCUAAUACGACGAAGAUUGGUUGCAUAUUGGGACUUCGUGUUUCGCCUGCACACAGGAGGUUGGGAAUUGGAUUAAAGCUUGUACACUCAGUUGAAGAAUGGGUUAUAAGAAAUGGAGCUAAUUAUGCAUUUCUAGCAAUAGAAAAGAAGAACAAAGCCUCAAAGAAUCUCUUCACUCACAAAUGCAACUAUGUAAAAUUCAGCUCAUUGGUGAUUUUCAGACAACCACUUAUUGUAUUCCCAACAAAAGACAAUAUUAUUUCUAAAGGAGAAAUAAUAAAAACAGAGAAACUGAACAUAGAGCAAGCCAUUUCAUUCUACACAAACACUCUCACAACUAAAGGAGGAGUUUAUCCAAUGGAUUUUGAUAUGAUUUUGAAGGAAAAAUUGAGUCUUGGCACAUGGGUUUCUUAUUUCAAUCAAGAAGAUUGGACCCAUUUGAUUUGUUCACAAAAAGAUUCAGAGAUUUACCAAAGAAUGCCAAGUUCUUGGGUUGUGUUUAGCAUAUGGAAUACUUGCAAAGCAUACAAGUUUCAAAUAAGGGAAUCAAAACACGAUCAAUUAUUAUUACCUCUAAGGUUCUUGAAACGUGCAAGAAAAAAGUUAAUUUCUUGCUUCAAAAUGCCAAAUUCUGUGUCGUUUGGGAAGUCAUUUGGAUUCUUCUUCCUGUAUGGGAUAUUUGGGGAAGGGGAGAGAGUGGGAGAGCUUGUCGAGUCGAUAUGGAUUUUUGCAUCGAGAUUGGCCGAAGACGAGAAGGAUUGCAAGGCUAUUGUUACUGAAUUGUCUGUUUCUGAUCCAAUUAUAAACCACGUCCCACGAAACAACCGGUCCAUGUCUUGCAUCAAUGAUAAUUGGUACCUGAAAAAGUUGAGUGUACAUAGUGAUGAUGAAAAGGAUGAAAUAUUGUUGUCAAAAGAUAUGGAAACAGCUGCAAAUGUGAUCGUUGACCCAAGAGACUUCUAGAUUUCAAUAUAUAUUC